CAUCUCGCGAGGAGUGAGUGAGCCGCUCUGUCACUGCCAUGAUGGCGGCUCUGCGUCGGCUUAUCUCAGCGGGACACAAAUACAUCGCUUACACGAGCGGAGCAGGACUCCAUCCGAAAAGCACACGCUCGCUGAGACGAGCCGGAACCAGACUGGGUCUCGGGCUCGGAGGAAUAGCGGUGUAUGAGCUCUGGCUGUCCCGGGACGAUGAGAAGCAGGGCAGCAGAAUAAGUCAACACUGUGGACUGGUGAGAUCACUCCCAGCUGUGGCAGCGAAAGAGAAGACCAAGAUACAUGCUGACGAAGAGGACAUGGCAAUGUCAGCCCACGAGCACAGAUUCCGGUUGUUCAGCUCAGUGGAGUACGAAGGACAGCUUUACAUGACACCGUUGGACUUCAUUGAGUCAGUCACUAUGAGUGAACCAAAGAAAAAGAAGUUUUGGAGAUCCUUGACAAAAAAGGAUUUAGAUAAGAUCCUAUCAGACACUCCUCCUGUUUGGAAAGGAUCAUCUCGAUUUUUCAGAAACUUACAUGAGAAAGGCAUCAUCUCAUAUACAGAGUAUCUCUUUCUUCUUUGCAUUUUGACAAAGCCUCAUGCAGGCUUCAGAAUAGCUUUCAACAUGUUUGAUGCGGAUGGCAAUGAAAUGGUGGAUAAAAGGGAAUUCAUGGUGCUGGAGGAAAUAUUUCGUAAGAAAAAUGACAAAAAAGAAAGGGGAGGAGAUUCUGACAGCUCAUCUCAACUGCAAGUACAAGAGAAUAUCACGGACACAACUCUGUUGGUGCACUUCUUUGGAAAGAAAGGAAAAACCGAGCUGAAUUUUGAAGACUUUUACAGAUUCAUGGACAACCUGCAGACAGAAGUGCUGGAGAUUGAGUUCCUGGCCUAUUCUAAGGGCAUGACCACCAUCAGCGAGGAGGACUUUGCUCGCAUCCUACUGCGCUAUACAACUGUAGACAACAUCAGCAGCUACUUGGAGAAUGUGCGUCAGAGCAUACCAGAUGAGAAGGGAAUCACUUUUGAGGAAUUCAGGUCCUUCUUUCAGUUCCUCAACAACUUGGAGGAUUUUGCCAUUGCCAUGCAAAUGUACAACUUUGCAAGUCGAUCAAUUGGACAAGAUGAGUUUGCUCGUGCUGUUUACGUGGCCACAGGCCUAAAACUCUCUCAACACCUUGUUAACAUCGUCUUUAAGAUCUUCGAUGUGGACCACGAUGACCAGCUGAGCUACAAGGAAUUCAUUGGCAUCAUGAAGGACCGCCUGCAUCGUGGCUCCUGGGGAUAUCGAGGUGAAGAGAGGUUCACCUCCUUUAAGGCCUGUAUGAAGAAAGAGCUGUCUGGAAAAUAGAUCAAUACUCUGGGACUUCGUAGGACUUUGUAAAGCUUAGCUCUCUACUAAAACUGUAACUGUCCUACUUACUAUCCAUGUUUUUGCUCUUCUCAGUGGAUUUAGAUGAUUUUGUUUUCACUCUUUACAAAAUCGCAAGGUGUGGUAGUAUGACUUUGCUCUGGGGAAUUUUUUAAUCGAAGGAUUGUUAACCACAGAACCCACAACACAACUCUGACGCAAUGCAAUUUGACUAAAGGCUCAGUAUCAUAUUGCUAUGUAAUAUUAAUGCGCUGGAUGAUCAACAGACACUAGAUACAAGGCGAACUCUGCGAACAUGAGGAGGAACUGUCAUAUCAUGGAUUAACAAUGCAACUGUUAAGCUUCAAGGAAGGAACUAGUUACUACCCUAACAUAAUCUACAUUCACUUAUAUGGGUCAUUCUGCAAUUGCGGCAGCAAAUGGAUUAAGAAUACUGAAUAUAUCAAGUGUAAAAUGUAGUCUGUUACAUUGAGUACACCUCUGACAUUAUUACUAAAAUCUGAGCUUUUCUAAAAUACACUUCCACUUUAGUUUCAUGGUCACACUGCAUGUAGAAAAUUACAAAUAUUGCAUUGAUGUUAUUAUCUUAUUGUAAUUUUAAAUCAUUUAAUAUUUAAGCAGUAACACCACUGACAUCUCUCUGUGGCACAUGAAGCUGUCAGGAUUUAGGUCAAAUUUAUUGAAGAUUUUACUAACUGUAGACUACUCUGACUUAGGCUUUUCUCCUUUGAGAUAUUCAUACAAGAAGCAAUUUAAAAUACCUUCCUGUUCUUUUUUAAGAUGACAAUUAAUGUUCCCAUAACAACACAUCAUGUAGAAAAUAGCUAUUUUAAACUGAUAAUGCACAUAAAAGUAAUACUUGGGAAAUCAGUGCUAUGACAAUGUGCUGUUUUUCAUGCCCAACAUAAAUAAAAUCACUUUUUUAAAAAAAAAAUAUCAUAGGUAUAAUAGAAUUAUCACACCUUUGUUGGUUUUGUUUUAUUGGUUAAUUUAAGAAUAGAACAAAGAUCAUGCAGCCAUCUUCAUUUCCAUAGUGUGACACCAUUUACCACCACAACCGUAGAAAGACCCAUAUGUAGGAUAUGAACUAUAGUAUUUCGUAGCAUGGUGUAAUUCUAAUCUUUGCAAUUAGCAUUAGUUACUGAUUUCUAAGAUUUAUAUAAUAUUUAUAGUGAUAUUUCUAGAUUUAAAUGUAAUUUUCCUCUUCUUUGUACAAUUUACUACAAUAUGUUACUCUUUCUUAUAUCUUUUUAUUAACUUAGAACCAUAGCCAUAAUACUGAAGACUGCACUGGACUGAAAUGAGUUUUCAGAGCACCCCAUGAGAUGAAGUUACUGAUGUAUGUGUCAAAAUCUGUAAGCAAUUGAAUGAGAUUAACCUACUACCUCCAAGACUUAUGCCUAAUACCUUUUCAGUGUGACAUUUUCAGUGCGCGCAGCCCUUUAAAAACCACGAAGUGCAAAGAUAAAACACUGGGAAAAAAACAGUAGCAAGUGAAAUAUUAAAUAACAUUUUGAAAUAUUUUGUAAAUGCAAAUGAUUUAUAAAUGUCAGCAUAUUCAGCAUUAUUCAGGAUUCUGCUCUAGUGCUAAUGCUGUACUCCUUAAUUAAAGGGACAAUUGUAUGGGAAAAUUUGAACACCGCUGGUCAAAUGGCAUGUUCUGUUGGAAAGGAAAAUAAGUUAACCAGUUGUCCACAGGGAAAACUUAAGUAUAACAUUUUUCUGCCAUUUUUAGUGCACAAUUUCAGUUUCUUUGCUGAGUUUAACAUAUUGGAAAAAAUAAAAUUGUGUAAUAAAAAGGUAAGUGUGCAUUAAAGCGUGCAGAUGAAUGUUCUCUGUAGAGGAUGUGUUAACUUAUUUUCACUUAAAAAAAUCAACACAACAUCAUUUGACCAGGGGUGCCCAAACCUUUGCACACAACUGUACAUUCAUAGAAGUCUUACACUGUAUUUUUCUAUCUAGUCUUAUUACAUCGUGCCGGGACCUACUGAUACUUAAACAAUCAUUUUAAACUGUUUUGUGGAGUUGCCGUGCUGCAGUAGAUGUAUUGAUCUAUUAGUAAAUCUAACAAUGGUCUACACUAUAGAGUUAAAAAUGUUAGACAGUUCAUAAAAAAAAUAUUUAUUGAUUUCAAAUGACAUAUUUAUGACUGGUUUUAUUUAGCUUGUAUAAUAAUAGUUCGUAGUACUCAUAUUUAUCUUGUCAAUUAAAAUUGUGACAAAGCUUGCUUUUGUGUCUACCUUGCUGCCACUUUGGUUGCACUAUGUGUUCUAUUUGCUUCCCUACGAGAUCUAAGUCGCAUAAUCUUCUCUACAUACAGGGAGCACAUUUCUAACAUACUUUCUCUGAGCCUCUCCAUUGCCCAGAUCAGCUUACAGAAGGCCUAACAACAUAGAGCCCAAUAAUGAUCUAUCAGAUAGCUCUCAGUGUGCUGUACGUGUUCUUGUUGUUCCUCUCAAAUGUUAAACCCAUAGUUACAUAAUUAUUUUGAAUCUUAUUUUAAAAAGACAAAAGCCUAUAAAACUACUAAGAUUUGUCUUCAGAAAUGGAAAAUGGAGUAGUAUAAUAUUUAAUAAAUGUAUAAAAGCCAACAGGAAGGCAUUAAUAGACAGAUUUGGUUGUGUCUGUGUACAUAAUAUUGAAUCACUGGUGCAAGGCAUUACAUGCACUUAGGCCUGUUGUCUUAGGACUGUUGUCCAUGGUAAAGUGUAACCUCAUUAAAGGCCACAUUUUUCUUCUAGUGUUUUGGUAACACUACUGUAUGUAUUAUUUAUGAUGAUCAUUGUAAAAAUUAAGUUAAAUUACAUUACAGUAUUUCCAGCUAAUUCAGUCUUAAGUGAGCUGAUGAACUACUUCAGACUGUAUUCAUAAUAAAGUAUUAGAGAACCGA